AUGUGCCUUCUGUUCGGCAUUGCCUUUUUCUGCAUAGUUAGAGGCACAGCGUCUUUCAAUACAACUGUGUUUGUUCCUGAAAACGCCACAGUAGGAACAGCCGUUGCCCGCCACAACACUUCCCUGCAGUUGGCAUGGGCAUACAUAUUAGUAGAUGGUAAUGACUACGAGAGGUUUAGUAUAGCAGAGAGCCAAGGCGUUGUUGAAGUUGCCAAUCCAUUGGAUUAUCGAAUACAAUCGACUUACCAAUUGCAGAUCCUAAUUGCAAACGAACACAACUUCACUGAAAACACCACACUCUGGAACCUGACUGUUCAUGUGCUGGACGUGUCUGGAUACCCUCCAUACUACAACAAAACGUGUGAAACCCCUGAAAGGACCUCUGGUGUACCUAGAUUGGUAGAGUUUACUGACUAUUCAGUAGAUGUCUCAACAAGCAUUGGAAUCAAAGUUAAAGACUCUGGCCAUAUUCUACAUAUGAAGAGACGUAGGCUGUUCUUUAGCUUGGAAAAUGACAGAUGUGAAGUGAACUUUACAUUCGGAAUGAGCCAUGCUAAAGAUGUGGGACUUAUGCACCACUUUUGGAAGAAUUACUAUAGAAACUUAACGCAGUACUCAGAGGAAGGGCAAAACGAGAUAUCGAUUAUUGUGGUUGACAGAAUUUCAUCUGCAAUUAACGAUGGAAACGAUAUACUAAUCUUCAUGGAGUUCACUGAACUUGUUGAGGCAAAACUAUUGGAUCCACUGUGGAUAGAUGAUAGGGAAUACAGGUAUUUUUUUCUCUUUAACCUUGGCGUUCUUAAAACAAAUACCCCGGUCACAUGGAAAUAUGCAUUUACGGAUGUAAAGGCUCCUAGUCCAUACGGAAGCACGAAUGGCACAUUUCAAGUUGCUUUCAAACUUGCCGGUUGUCCACAUGGGAAAUACGGUGCGUUUUGUGACAAAAACUGUACAUGUAAGAACGAAGCCCUGUGCCAUGGCUUUAACGGGGCCUGUCUGUGUGCUCCUGGUUGGAAGGGAGUGGCAUGCGAUAUACCAACUCCAGCAGUCGCUAUUGACGUUCUACCAGAAGGAAACAUGUAUAUAACAGGGAGUGUUUCCCUACAAUGCCGCCCUGUCCAUAUCAAUGUCUCGUCCAUGACGUGGUGGUUUCGGUCAUCUCGCAACAACAGUUCCAAAGUUUUUAUCCAAACUUCCCGUAACAUUUCCAUCCAGCCGAUUCUACCAGAGACCAACGGUGUGUACACGUGUGAAGCCGGCACACCUGAUGGACAGAUACUGGAGAGAAACUACGUCUUAGAGGUGAUGGAGUGUCCUCCCGGUCUUCACGGGGAGCGUUGUGACAGGCCGUGCGACUGUCUACAUAACGUUGGCUGUGACCGUUGGACGGGGUGUGUAUGUGAGGCCGGCUGGACAGGUCCUACUUGUGACACGCCAUGUCCUGCGGGAACAUUCGGGACAAACUGCGAACAGUGCCGAUGUGAAAACGGUGCGGAGUGCAGUCCUUUCAACGGUACUUGUAUCUGUCCGCCGGGCCUGACUGGAAAAUACUGCGAAAGCCUAAAGCCAAGAGGUUCAGUCUACACGGCAGAGCAGACUUCAAGAUUUUUGAUCAUGCUCGUUUUCAUCCUUCCCGUCCUUUUUGUAAUAGUUGCCUGCAUUGUUAUAAGAAGAGGGAGACGAAAAAAAGUUCUAAGACAGCAACGUGAGCAAACAAUCCACGAGGAACUCCAACCUCUCGAUGUCAAUCAACAAUCGUACUUAGCAGAGAAUCAACAACCGAAUUUACCAGAGACAUUAGUACCAUGGGAAAGAGACCCACAGUACCUGACUCUUGGUGAGUUGGUCGGGCUUGGGACAUUCGGCCAUGUUUUAGAAGGGACUUUCCAACAGCAGGGAGAACUGCCUGUAAGAGUAGCCGUCAAAUCAUUGAAUCUCAACGUCAACCAAGAUGAUGUAUAUGCGGACUUUUAUCGUGAGGUGGACAUACUGGUCCAUCUUUUUGACCAAUCCUUAUACAUGUGGGGAGGGGACAAAGUUAUGCACCCAAAUAUCAUACAGCUGUACGGCGUGGUCACCCUGUCUAACCCGAAAAGAAUAAUACUAGAAUUCGCCCCUCACGGAGACCUUCAGAGAAACCUGACGAGACUCCGAGACGACAUCGAUGCGGUGAACUGGGCCACUCUGCUCGGCUUCGCCGUCGAUGUGUCCAAGGCUCUACAGGAGUUAGAACGAGUCAGGAUUGUCCAUCGCGACGUGGCCGCCCGGAACGUGGUCAUCACAGACCAAAUGGUCGCUAAGCUGGCGGACUUCGGUUUGGCCCGAGACGUCUACACCAACACUGUGUACGAGCGGACCAAUCAGCACGGGCGGGAUGAGUUACUCCCGCUGAAGUGGAUGGCGCUGGAGACUCUCAGGGAUGGAGAGUACACCUGUCAGAGCGACGUGUGGUCGUUCGGUGUUAUGCUGUGGGAGAUUGCCAGUCUAGGAGAGGAGCCUCGCUACCCUGGACCUUUCCGACCAGAUUGUUGUAAGAUGGUGAAAAUGCUCAGACGUGGAAUCCGCAUGGAGAAGCCAGAAGGGUGCUCCAUAACUGCCGACCUGUACAGACUGAUGUGUCAGUGCUGGUAUGAGGUUCCUGACGACAGACCGACUGCUCAUCAACUUGAAGAGAGACUUUUGAUUCUAAUUAAGACCAUCGAUGAUGGAGUCCAAUCAGAUUUUAGAGUUGAUCAAGCUGAGGUGAUCAUUUCGGACCUGGGCGAGAACGUCGAAGAUGGAGUCCAAGCAGAUGAUGGUCUUGAUCACUGUGUAUGGGAAACUACUGUGUGACAAUAAUGAUGACACGUUAGACCUAGGUUGUCUGGGCAUAAGAGACAUGUUCUUAAAAAUUUAGGGGAGUAUCUAAUACCAGUUAACGCGCCCCUCAGAAUCAGUAUAUAGAAAUUCAAAUGUAUAUGAGAUAAUUGACAAGACCUCAUUCGAUUUAGUUAGAAUUUGCUAAUACAAACAGUAGCAAAUAAAGGGUAUGUGUUAGUUAUAUUGACAUCUCUUUGCCUGUGCCCUAAUUGACAAUUUCCACUGUAUGUGCGGAAGCGACAGAGUUUUUAGAAAU